AUGAAAAAUGUUAACAAUACGAAGGAAGGAGAAAAGGUAAAGCGAUCGCGAAAGAUCGGUUUUGUAGAUCCUCAAGGAGAUUCCGACGGGCAGGAUGUGAAAAGUACCGAAAAAACCUAUAGAAAAUCAACCUAUCCCCGGGAAAGUAUGGCUGCAAUGGCGCGUAAAUCAUCCGUACUGAUACUUUCGCGAUUGAUGGGACCAGCCAUGACUUCCUCCCGGGCAGACAGAAGUCUUUACGAUCGAACCAGUAUGUACGCAGUCCCUCGUUUCCAAAACACCUACCGUCUGGAGUCCAAAAAUCCGUUUCACCGUGAAGCGAUGCGGUCCAUGAUGGACCAUUUUUUAAAAUCGUACCUCGACGAACACAAGUAUGUGCCUAGGCGAGCGAAACGGUUGGCGGAAAAUUUAAGUGAAGAGUUAAGAAAUCAAUUUAAGCUGUGCCAGUUCGAAAGGUACCGUAUAGUUGCGCUUGUGACGGUGGGCGAUAAGCAAAUGCAGGACUUUCGGUGUGUUGCUCGAGCCCUUUGGGAUCCGGAGAAGGAUGAUUGUUUAAGUAGCACCUACGAAGCAUCGUCCUUCUACGUGGUCGCUAGCGUUUGGGUUAUGUAUUUCGAGUGA